AUGACAAGGCGCAUUGAUAAAAUAUUCAGUAACUUGAGUUUUGAUACUGAAGAAGAGUCAUCUCCAUGUACACCGGAAGAUCCUUUUAAUGCUUCGUCAAGUGAAGAUUCUCUAUAUUGUCCUAGUAGUGACGAAGAUAGCUGCUCAGAUGUUGAUGAGAAUCCAGCACCGAAGAAGACUAAGAAACCUAAUAUAAACAAAAGCUCAACCCAGAUGAAGAUUACUACUGAUUAUGUUAAUUCGCCCUCUAUUGGAGUGUAUGAUACAGCUAAAGAUAACGAAUACGAUUUAAAUGUACCGAAUACUUCAAGCAGUAGACAGUUGAUUACUACUAAAACGAUGGAUAAAGACCAAGAUUUAUGUAACAAUUCAAGAAAACCGGAUCAUUGUUAUUAUUGCGAAACUAAGGUUCUAAAUUUCGGCCGCCAUGUGAUACGGAACCAUUCAAACGAAAUAGAUGUAGCAAGAAUUUUAGCAAAGCCCGUUAAAAGUAAAGAAAGAAAAGAGCUAUUCAAUGACCUUAGAAGAAAGGGAAAUUAUUUGGCCGACGGUGGCACUUGUUUUAAGCCUGUUAGGGAGGGUUAUGUACCAGAGAGAGAUAAAGUACCUUGUAACAACUGUUUAGGGUAUUUUUCCUCGAAACUUUUAUACAGACAUAAGAAAAAAUGUGUAAAGAGAGAUUCUGGUAGCUCUCAAAAUAGCAAACAUUUAAAACUAUUCCAUAAUGCCAAAGUAGAUCAACGACUGAAAGAGGAAUUCCCGCAUAUGAGAGCGGACAAGUUGUCUUUGGAAGCUCAAAAAGAUCCACUUAUUUGCGAGUUCGGAGCUAAGUACUUAAAAACGCACCGUGAAAAACAUUUUAUUUACGUAACAUCACGCAAAAUGAGAGAACUUUCUAAAAUCCUUUUGGAAAUAAGAAAGUUGGAUCCAUCCAUAACCACAUUCAUUUCAGCUUUGAAGCCAAAGUAUUUCGACAUUUUCGUGGAAGCCACAAAACGAAUUGCUAAAUAUGAUUCGGAACGAGAUGUUUAUCUGUCUCCAACUUUCGCCAUGAAUAUUGUUACGUCUUUGAAACAGUGUUGCGAUAUUUACACUAAAAAUAAAGGUACCACUUUAUCUACUGCGGAAAUAGAGGCGGACUUGAAAACGUUGAUUCGUCUUUUUGAAACUAAUUGGAGUUGUGAGAUUUCUUCACAUGCCAGUUACAACCUUAAUCUUAACAAAUGGAACAAAGUAACCAUUGUACCUCUUGCCAGUGAUUUGCGUUUAUUAAGGAAUCAUCUCAUCGACUUAUCUGGAGAAUCUUUAAGAGUCCUAAUUAAAGGAGCUGAGGAUAUGAAAUAUAUCAUAGAAGAUGAUAUCGACCAUCAGCAAUAUCAAAAAAAGUCUGAUACAAUUCAAGCAUUUAAUAAUCUGACAUACAAGACAAUAUCAAAAAAAUGUUAG